GACUAUCAAACAGCUUCAGGUGCUUCAAAAUGCAGCAGCUACAGUAGGGUAAAUCAGAUCAUUAUACUUUGAGAUCAUUAUACUUUCUAUUAAGGUUGCUUUCACAGUAGGUCUGUUUAACUGGACUGGACCCGAGUGCGGUAACUCCCCCUGACCCCUACCAUAGUUGGUCUCCGUUUACAUAACAUGUUUGUCUGCGCACCCAUCUGUUUGCAUCAGAAGUACCACCAGAGAGGGUUAAAGCGGUGAAAUACCAGUAACUUCUUUACACAAAGUCAUUGUCUUUUACAUGUUAUUUAUUUCAGACUUUCAGAAAUACUGUGAACAUGGCAAAUACUUGUGUUCUUUUCGGUGCCAUGAUCACAGCAUCUUGUUUUCUCCUGAGUGCAUCACAAAGAACAGACUGUGUCAAAACAGUGGAAGCAGAUGUCUUUUUUUUGAUUGACCAAUCAUCCAGCAUUGCCAAUAGGGAUUUUGGCAAAAUGAAAAAGUUUAUUUUGGAAUUUAUAGAGAUGUUUCCUAUUGGACCAAAACAGGUACGUGUUGGUCUGGCAAAGUUCUCCUCCAGUCCUAACCUGGAGUUCAACCUGGGCGAUUACAAAGACAAAAAGUCUUUGAAGAAGGCUGUGGAUGCUGUCAAACAAACUGGAGGGGAUACUUAUACAGGAGCUGCUUUAAAUUUCAUGAGUCCGUAUUUUGAGGAGGCUGUAAAGGCGCGUGGUGAUAUAGUACCGAGGUACCUUAUUGUAAUAACGGAUGGGGAGUCGAGUGACAAUGAUGUUGUCAAAACGGCAGCAGAGAGAUUACGCCAACAGGACGUCACCAUUUUUGCCAUUGGGGUGAAGGCUGCCAAUAUCGACGAGUUGCUGGACAUUUGCGGUCAUCCUAAGAGAAGGUUCUUGGUCAGUAACUUUGAUGCACUUAGACCUCUCAUGAACAGUAUUGUGACACACAUAUGCUCUGAAACAGCAUGCAAGGAAAUGCUGGCUGAUGUCAUAUUCCUGGUUGACAGCUCUGGAAGCAUCAACCCCAAAGACUUCCCCAUGAUGAAGGCCUUCAUUAACAACACAAUUAUGCGGUCCGUCAUUGGGCCAGACUCGGUGCGCAUGGGGGUGCUGCAGUUCAGCAGCUACCAGAGGGAGGAGGUUUCUCUCGACAGCAACCAAACCCAGAAUGACCUUGUGCAGAAGGUGAACGCCAUGCAGCAACUGGGUGGGGGAACUCUGACUGGUCAAGCUCUCAGCUUCACCUCCCAGUACUUUGACACCUCAAGAGGCGGGCGCCCCAAUGUCCCAAAGAUCCUGAUCGUCAUAACAGAUGGUGAAGCUCAAGAUGCCGUUAAGUUGCCUGCACAGGCUCUGAGAGACAACAAUGUGGCCAUCUACUCCAUCGGUGUGGGCAGUGCCAACAUAACCCAUCUGAAUGAGAUCAGUGGCAUCACAGACAGGGUGUUUACAGAGACAGACUUUGACACCCUCCAGUUUUUGGAGGAUGAGAUCUUCGAUAAGAUCUGUCAUCCUGACACUGACUGCACAAGGACAGAGGUGGCAGACAUGAUCUUCCUUGUUGAUGGCUCCAGCAGUAUCAGUGCGGAUCAAUACAAGAGCUUGCAAAGCUUUAUGAUCUCUUUUGUGAACAGCAUGAAUAUUGGAGAGAGUCUGGUCCGUUUUGGUGCAAUUGUCUACUCGGACAGUGCGAAGUCGGAGUUCACCCUAAACCAGUACAAUACCUCAAGGGAGGUACGAACGGCCAUAACAAACAUUACAAAACCAGGUGGAAACACAUUCACAGGAGCUGCCCUUCGCUAUGCACUGGACUACUUUGGAAAAGAAUAUGGCGGCCGUCGGGAGGAGGACGUAAAUCAGAUCCUUUUCAUCAUUACUGAUGGAGCAGCAACAGAUCCUGUUGUGUUGCCUGUGUGGUCGAAUGAGAUCAUCAAUUAUGGGAUCAUAAUAUAUGCCAUCGGCGUGGCAGGGGCCAACAUGAGUGAGCUUGCGAUCAUGACUGGUGGAGACAGAAGAAAGGUGUUUUAUGUGGAAGACUAUGAUGCUUUGGAGUUCCUGCACAAGAGCAUCUCCAGUGAGCUUUGUAAAGAUAUUAAACCAACAUGCCAGAAAAAGAAGGUAGACCUGGUCAUGUUGACAGACAGCUCCGGCAGCAUCAGUGCUGCGGACUUUGGCAUCAUGAAGACGUUUAUGAAAAAGGUGGUGAGAAGCUUCCACAUCAAACCAGAGGCAGUGCAGGUGGCCCUAGCUCAGUUUAGCUCUUUCCCCAAGAAAGAGUUCCAUCUCAACGAGGUCGACAGUGAAGCCGCAGCACACGCCAAAAUUGAUGCCAUUGAUCAAUUAGGACAACUGACGUCGGACAUCGGACGGGCCCUUGAGUUCACCCGGAAGCGCUUCUUCCAGACUGCAAACGGUAGCCGGAGAAACAAGGGUGUCUCACAGAACCUUAUUGUGAUCACCGAUGGCGAAUCACAUGGUGCAGUGGAAGAAGAGGCAAGGCUGCUCAGAGCCAUGCAAGUGGAUGUGUAUGUCAUUGGAGUGGGCAACAUCCACAGGGAUGAGCUGAUUCAGAUUGCUGGUACUCCGGACAGGGUCUUCAUUGUGAAUGACUUUCGUGUCCUUGAAGAAAUCAAGACAAAAGUGGUGGAAACUGUUUGCGAGCCAGCUGACUCAGAUGUUUGAGCAAAUGUUAUGAUAUUUCACAAUCAUAACCCUUUAAUGCACAAGCUAUUGAAACCCUGUCUAAUACAUAACAUGAGUCACAAGUGACCCGUCACCCGCAUUCAUUUCAAAUGUAAUUCCAAGCAUGGAUGUGGCUUUCUCUCUUACAGCUUCUGAAAUAAUACCUUUAACCUUAUACUAUUUUCUAAAAGUUGAUAAGUAGUGUUUUAAGCACACUAUUUUUUUUUUACCUUUUUUUUAAAAAAACUUUUGUAUCUUAUAAAUAAACAUUGAUUUGGGAUUUUUCCAUUAUUUUGCAGACAUGGGUCAAAAAAGACCCGCAUUCAUUUCUAAUGUAUUCCAAAGCAUGGACAUGAUUUUCUCUCUGAUAACUUUUAAAAUGAAUUAAUUUCAUCUUGUAAGAUUGUACAAGUUUCUGCUACUACUUUUUUGGUUUUGUUUAUGUAAAGCACAUUGAAUGACCUGUGUAUGAAAUGCGCUAUUAAACUUGACUUGAUUUUA